AGUCUGCAGACUGCCAGACUCCAUGUAAUCUCACCCUAAGGCGUACAUAUAACUUCUAUCCUUUUUUAUAUUGUCCAUUUCUUUCCUUCUCCUUUGAAGUGCUUUUUGAGUUUAUGUAGUCGCCCCCCCCCCCCUGACCUAGCUGUCUCGUAUUCUCUCUCUCCUCCAUAGAAAGUCUUGUUCAUUGUAUGUAGGUAUACAUAAAGUUUGCCCGGAUCGACUCCAUUUUACCUCCUCCACUCAUUGAUCGACUCCAGAAGGGUAUAUAUUCACAGUUCGUAAAAGGAAAUCAUGGCUUUCAAUCGAGGGGGGGUCAAGCGGGAUAACUUUGGGAACCGCAACUUCAACAGGGGCAUGGGUGGUGGUGGUGGUGGCGGUGGUGGCGGUGGUGUUGGAAACACCGGCAUCGCUUCAAGGAUUGGGAAUAUGGGUGGAAGCGGAAUUGUUGGUGGUGGCAUGAGUCCUUGGGAAAGUGGAAUGAUGCCUGGACGUGGCAUUUUACCAACUCCUAACAACAACAUUUCUCUUGCCUCGCCACAAGCUCAGCUUGCCAUUGCUAGUGAUCUUAUUUCCAACCUCCUGCGUGGCCAACAAGCUAACCAGCCUCAGGUGCCAUCAUUGCUUAGUUUGGGCAAUAACUUCAGUGGUCCCUCUCCAAACUUUUCUAAUCAGCAGAAUUUCAAUCAAAACCGUUUUGUUGAUCGAAAUAUUCGGCCAAACAUGAAAAACCAGCGAGUCCAGCCUUACAACAAGAUGGGUAAUCGAGCCCGAGAUGGAGUUGUUGGGCGGCGUGGCCCGCAACAAUCUCGUGGCCCGUCGGGCAACCAACGCCAGGGUGGAAACCAAAAUCAGCGGAACGAUAAUAGGUCUUCUAAAGCAAUUACUACCCCUAAGCAAACUCAGAAUCAGACCAUCAAAAAGGAAGAAAAGCAGGAAAAGACUUCUGAUAAGACCAAUGAAAAAGCAGAAGCGUCUGUCGCUUUAAGUAACGAAGAGAAUGAAGAGUCUGAAGAAUCCAAGAAACGUGAAUGGAUGGACGAGAAGAAGGAACUCUCCAGUGACAGGAAGGAUGCAGACAACAGCUCGGGCGAGAGGGAUGAGGAAAAAAGCCCUAGCAAAAAGUCUGCUGCCAGACACGCGGAGAGCCGCUACUCCGACGUCCCCAUUAGCAGCAUGUAUUGCCAUGUCUGCAAAAAGUACAUGUGGGAUGGAUCGUCGUUUGAAAACCAUUUACGUGGACGUGCUCAUCUAUUGAUGAUGGAAAAACUUGAUGAAUCUUACAAGCUGAAAGUGGAAUUGAUGAGACACGACUUGGGUGUUGCUGAAGAACAACGCGAGCUGAUUCUUAAUAAUUCAAAGCGUCGUGGCAAGAAGAUUUCCGUCGAUUUGAGCGUAAGGGAGUACUGUACCAUGUGCGACUUGAACUUUUAUGGCACCCUAUCAAGUCAUCGUAAAAGCGAGAAACAUCAGCAGUUGAAGACCUUCUUGCAUCCUCGCUGCUUCCCAUGCUCCAAAGAAUUCCCAUCGAGAAUCGAGUAUGAUGAGCAUUGCUUGACUCCAAGUCAUAUGAAAAAUGCGGCCCAGAACGAGGAGCAGAAAAAAAAUAAGAAAAAAGACAAGCUUUCUAAAGGAGAAUCUGACGUUCGAAGUGCCGAAGACGAGGAAAAAGACAUUGGAGAUUUAAAACUUGAUCAAUUGGAUGAUUCGUCUAUUGACGUCUCAGAUUUUGUUACCGAUAUUCCUGAAGGUGAAAUAGAGAGCAAAUUGAAAAUUCCAUCCUUCAAGCUUGUCAGAUCGCAUAGUCAGUUAGCAGUUGGCAGAUCAUUUGUACAAGAAGUUACUGGCUAUAAUUGCGAAAAGUGUCAUCGUUUCAUGCUAACGGAAGAAGAUUUGAAUGCUCAUCUCCAUUCCAUUACUCACUAUCGUAAUUUCGUGGCUGAAAUUAAAUCAUUGCAAGCUGCUGCUGAAAAUGCUGGCAAGGCUGAAAAGGAAGGUGAAGAGAAUGAAAGUAAAGAUGACAGCAAAGGUGACAUUGAGCCUGAUGAAAAGCGAGCCAAGCUGGAGAACAAUGUUGAUAAGGAUGAUGAUGCCAAUGAAGAUGAAAAAAAUGAAGACGAAAAAUAUGAUCCAGCUGAGGCAAACGGAGAUUCAGAUGAAGACAACAAUGAUGAUAACCAAGAUGCUCAGAAUGAUGAUGAAUCAACUGCAAUAUCCAUCAAUGCAGGUGAAGAUAACAUAUUAGAGGAGAAUAACGAUAACGACGAAGAGGAAGAAAGGGAGGAACCGCCGCCGAAGCCAGUGCAGCAAACAAACGCGCGAACUCCAGCUCGGAGUGCCGCGAGUCAACGUGCACGUGGAAAUCGUGCACGACGAUCACGACGAUAAAAACAUUUUGUCAAAGCAAGCAAAAUAUCGAGCUAAACACACAAUACAAUUAUAAAUAUUGAAUACUUACUCUAGUCGGUCGCAUGAUAUUUUUUUACGUCGUAAAAUAAUUCAUUUUUAUGAUUUAUUUAGAAUGAAAAUUUGGCAAGGCAUAGUUUUUACUCGACAUUUAUGACAAAUUUUAUUACUAUUUUACGAAACUAGUAUGUAUUCUAGUAAACUUUAUAAGUUUGAAUGUCAAUUUUUAUCAUUGCGAUGGACUAGCAGUUUAUUUAGGUACAUUAUAUUGAUGUUAUGUAACCACUAAUCACCUUGAAUGUAAUCUACCCAAUAUCCAUGAAUUUAUGUUAUAAUAUAUACAAUUUAAUGCUAUAUUUUACGUACCAAUAUAGAAUUCUCAUUCCAAUAGAAUACGAAUUUCUGUAUACAUUUAGAUUUUGAAACAAAUAAAAUCUGUGUAUUGUAAAAAUUCUUUUAUUAAUUUUAAAAUACAGUU